GUAAAUUCGGUAAAGGUGGCCUCUUGCCGGCUUUUGGUCAUGAAAGAGGCCCAAGUGAGGCCUUUUCCUUCCUUUGUUCGCUUCAGUUCCGCCAUGGCGAGAGAGAAGAACCCUGGCUUGAAGAUCCUCUGGGUCUGGACUCUCGGCACCGCCGCCAUUCUGGUUACAAGCGUAGCUCGGAUGAGGAUGCGGGAUAUGGAGACCAUUAUCAACUCUGAUCAACAACAAUCGCAGCCGCAACAAACGUUUCCUACUGAUUCUCUUCCCAACGGCGAAGGAGUGAUUCGGGACGACACAUCACAGGUUUAGAAGCAGGCACGCCUUUGAAUUCAACUCAAACCGGUAGUUCUCUUUUCGAAUUUGGGGUUGGGUGAUGUGGGUUUUUGGUCUAAAUCCCAUUUUCGAAGGGGAGUGUACAUAAAGUGUUUGAUGAAAUUCCCGAAUGGAAGGAACUGCCAAUAUUUUACUCGUAAUGACACUGCAAUUGCUUUGAAUCUUUGAUGUGCCAAUUUCAAUGAAACGUUUGCUGCUAGCUA